CCUAACAAUUGUCACUCCGCUUCUGAGCGAUUUCGCGGGCGCCGCUGGGAGAGGUCUGGUCCAAAUGGCACACGUUCUCUACGUGGCACCUUUCUUUCUCUUUCUAACUAAGCUCAGCGUCGGCCAGAGGGAAGUAACCGUUCAAAAAGGACCGCUGUAUAGAGCUGCAGGUUACCCAGUCAGCAUUGGCUGCAAUGUCACUGGCCAUCAGGGACCUUCCCUGCAGCAUUUCCAGUGGUCUGUUUACCUGCUGACAGCCCCGACCAGGGAAGUCCAGAUCAUUAGCACCAAGGAUGACACCUUCUCUUACGCAAUGUACGCUCAGCGGGUACGAAACAAGGACAUCUAUGUGGAGAGGUUGCAGGACAACUCAGUCCUGUUGCACAUCUCAAAGCUCCAGAUGAAGGACGCUGGCGAGUAUGAGUGUCACACUCCAAACACUGAUGAAAAAUACUAUGGAAGUUACAGUGCGAAGACCAACCUAACUGUCAUUCCAGAUACCCUCUCUGCCACCAUGAGUUCCCAGACUCUCAGUAAGGAGGAAGGUGAGCCUCUAGAACUUACCUGUGAGGCAUCCAAAGCCACAGCUCAACAUACUCAUCUCUCCAUCACCUGGUACCUGAUGCAGGAAGGAGGAAGGAGCCAAGCCACCAGCAUUAUUUCUCUCUCCAGAGAUUUUGUAUUGACCCCUGGGCCCUCAUAUGCAAAGAGGUUUGCAGCUGGUGAUGUGCAGCUCCACAAGCUUGGGACUGCCACCUUCAGACUGUCCAUAGGCCAUCUCCAGCCCUCAGAUCAAGGCAAACUGUUCUGUGAAGCAGCCGAGUGGAUCCAGGAUCCAGAUGAAACCUGGACAUUCAUCACGAAAAAGAAGACAGAUCAAACAACUCUGAGGGUCCAGCCAGCAGGGAGAGAUUUUAAAGUCAGCAUUACAACUGAGAGCACGUCUGUCGAAGGGAAGCCCUUGGAGCUGGCCUGCCUGGUGGUGGGCAGUGUGCGGGACCCACAGCUUCAGGGCUUUUGGUUCCUCAAUGGGACAGAAAUUGCCAGCAUUGAUGCCAGUGGAGUCCUGGACCUGAGGAUGGGCUACAAAGACAGAGCGAGUCAAGGACGGCUCCAGGUUUCCAAGAUGAACCCUAAGGCUUUCUCUCUCAAGAUCUUCUCUGUGGGCCCAGAGGAUGAAGGCGACUACAGCUGUGCAGUGGCAGAGGUGGUGAGGGCUUGGACGGGCUCCUGGCAGGUGCUGCAGAGGGAGCAGUCACCAGUCAGCCACGUGCGCCUGAGGGAGCCAGCAGCAAGAAGCGUGGUCAUAUCUACCAGACAGCAAGCUGUGUGGGAAGGAGAGGCGCUUGCCCUUCUCUGCAAGACCGAUGGGGUUGAGAGUCCUCUAUCCGUGACCUGGUGGCACAUCCCACAGGACCAGACCCAGCCCAAGCUUGUGGCUGGCAUGGCGCAGGAUGGCACUGUGAAGUUGGGUGUCUCCUCUGGGGACCCCGGUUACCAUGGCAACAUGAGGCUGGCGAAGUUGGACUGGGCCACCUUCCAGCUGGAGAUCGCCUCCAGCACUGUCUCGGACAGCGGUGUGUAUGAGUGCAGAGUGUCCGAAGGGGCCCAGAACCCAGCCAGAGGUCGGCACUGGACUCACAAGAUUUCAGUCACCGUCAGAUCUCUGAACUCAAGUUUACAAGUUAAUCUGCUGAGCCGUCAGCCACAAGUGAAGUUAGGGGACACCUUUGACCUGUCCUGCAUAGCGGGGGCUGACUACUCUGACCUCAGACUGCCUCUCACUGUGAGGUGGCGGUUCCAGCCAGAUGGGUCUCAAGCCUUUCGUCAGCUAAUUCGAGUCACUCACAAUGGCAUUAUCGAAUGGGGGGAUUCCCUGUCCCAGUUCCAAAAGAAGACGAAGGUUUCACAGUCUUCAUUUCGUUCUCAACUCCUAAUCCACGAUGCCUCUGAGGAAGAGACAGGAAAGUAUGAGUGUGAAGUGGAAGUUUAUGACAGAAAUUCCCUAUCCACAAAUAGCCCAGCCAGGGCUUCUGCCGUCUCUCACCCAUUGAGGAUAGUGGUCACUUUACCAGAGAGCAAGCUAAAAGUGAACUCAAGGAAUCAAUCCCAAGAGAUUUCCAUCAUCUCCAACACCAAUAUAGAAUGUAACAUCUUAUCUCGGACCACUGGAAACCUUCAGUUAGCAAUUAUUUGGUAUUUUUCUCCCAUUUCUUCUAAUGCAUCCUGGCUCAGGAUCCUGGAGAUGGACCAAACCAGUGUUGUAAAAUAUGGGGAUGAAUUUCAUACCCCACAGAAAAAACAAAAAUUUCAUAUGGAGAAAGUUUCCCAAGACUUGUUUCAGCUACAUAUUCUAAGUGUGGAAGACAGUGAUCAGGGCAGAUAUUACUGUGCCGUGGAGGAAUGGCUCUUGUCUACAGAUGGUACCUGGAAGAAGCUGGGAGGAAAGAAGUCAGGACUAACAGAACUGAAGCUCAGGCCCACAGGAAGUAAGGUUCAAGUCUCCAAAGUUCACCACACGGAAAAUGCUACCGAGCACAGGGAGGUGGCCCUCAGCUGCAGCCUGGAGAGCUGGGGCAGCGAGGCCUCCCUGUACUCUGUGACGUGGUUCAGGAGCAGAGGAGACACCGGGAGCCAGAUGCUGGUGCACCUGCACCACGAUGGCUUGCUGGAGUAUGGAGAAGAGGGGCGCAGGGGGCAUCUGCACUGUGCCCGUGCUUCCCCUACAGACUUUGUCCUGAAGCUUCAUGCAGUGGAGAUGGAGGACGCCGGCAUGUACUGGUGCAGGGUGGCCGAAUGGCAACUUUAUGGUCACCCAGGCAAGUGGGUCAGCCAAGCAUCGGACGAGUCGCAGCAAAUAGUGCUCAGGGUGCUGCCUUCAGAGACCACGUUUCCUUCCCGGAUCUGCUCCUCGACACCUUUACUCUACUUUCUUGUCAUCUGUCCCUUGGUCAUGUUUGUUCUUCUGCUCAUUUCCCUCCUCUGCUUAUCCUGGAAAGCCAAAAAGCUGUCGCAGCUGAGUCUCAGAGCACAGAAAGACAAGUCUCUUUGGGUGGGUCUGAACGGAGCUGAAGGCUGGACCACAGAUAGGAGGAAGCACCAAGAGGAAGAUGAAGACAACUGACUCCUGAGAGGCACCUGCAUCUGGUGGAAGGAGCACAUGGGGACUUUUCCUGUCCUUCCCUACAGCUGUGGCCUUGGGCAAGUUGCCUGGGAAUCAGAGGGAACAUUUAAUGAGCACUUUUUUUUUUCUUAAAUAUACAUUUUUUUGUUUUUUUCAAAGAAGAAAUAAAAAUGGUCAACAAAUACAUGAAAAAAAAUGUUCAACAACCUUAGCAGUAAUGGAGAAAGAAAUUAAAACUAUAUGGUGCCAGGUUAUUUACCCCUUGCAACUUUCAGACGCAGAUAGCAUCAUCAUUACUCAGGCUCUCCCUGACCACGCCCCCUAGAGGUUGUAGGUAGAGAAGUGCCUCCCUCACACAGAUUGGAGGGUCAGAUGAGCCCUGAUGGUGGAGUCCUGGGUGGGUCCAACCCUUCCUUGCCCUUUCCCUUCCCCUCUCCCUCUUCUUGGGUCUUCUCUUCAUUACUAAUUUCCUGGAAACACUGGUAGCCCAGUUAACAUUGGCUUGAGGUAAUCUCUUUCUUCCAGGUAAGAGGUACAGGAAAGAGCCCAACGUCAGCAAGGCAGAAAGAAUUGGGAACAUUCAUUCAUUUACCUAAAGACUGCCUCCCAACCAGAAUGUAACAUCUUUCUAGACCAGAAAUCCAAUUUUUUUCCCCCUAUCCCAUCUACAAAUGCCUACUCAAGAGCUUAAGAGUAGGUGAAUCAAUACUGGUUCUAUAAAACAUUUUGUAGCUUGAGGAUUUGGGGAGGAAAGGGGGAGGGUGUUUGCUUUUAUGCCAUAAGAUUUACUAAGUCAUUGCUGAGAAAAAGCUAUUUCUGUUUCAUGCAGUAGUGCUACACUUAGGCCCCCAAGGCUGGCUCCCCUUCUUCCCCCACCAAAGGACCCAUCCAUUGGCUCCAGGGCAUCUUUCCCAUGACCUGACAAUUCUGGGCAGCAGGAAAACAUUGUGGUAACGUGUGGAGGAGGGGUCAGCAGUGCCACUAGGUCCUCCUAUGUUCUCAAGGCAAGCAGCAGGUCAAUUCUGAUUCCUGGGGAUCCCCUAAUCUCUGCCUGGAAAAUUCCAAAGGUGGGGGCAUUUAAGGCUUGAGGCUUUCAAAGGCUGUCCCCCUCAGGCCUGGGUUCUCCUCACCUUUGUUUCAAAAGCUGCUCAGGCCCUGUUUUAUCCAGAAUUGGAAAUCAAUCAAUGCCACCUAAAAGACCUGAGAAAAUACGUCUAUUUAUUGUCAAUGUGACCAACAGGGUUGCUUUAUGGCUUAGCAAUUUGCAUUUCCAAGGAGAGCAAUUUAUUUUUAAUUAUUUUAUCAGGCGUGUGAUCCUCUCCAAAUUUAAUUAGUUCCUUUGCUCCUUUGCAAGCAGAUUAUGGGUGGCUAUGAGAACCUUUACUCUAGACCUGCAGGUUUCUUAAAUUCAUCUCCUUUUUUAGCCUCAUUUGAAAUACUCCAAAUAUUUUCUUAAACGUGUCAAUACUUUUACUACUUCUCUCCCAGGUGAGGGAGCAUAUUUUUACUGAAAACAAAACAGAAAUAAAGACUUCUUAGAAAGUCUGAUGAACCCUUUCCCUGCAUUUUUUCCCCCAGAAACUUGUAUUUUAAUUGGGAUUUGGGAAGGAAAGAAAGUACAAUUGAGCCCCAGCCAGAGAAUCACAGAAUAGACAGUGGAUCUGCCCGUCUGCCCGGAGCUCCCUUCCUCUGUCCCACCUCUCUUCACCUGGAUACAGCUUUCUUGGCCCAAAUACCAUUCCUUCACAUUUGAACCCAGCACAGUGAACUCAGCACAGGGCUUGCACAGAGAGAGACUGCACUAUCAAACUGAGCACUAAGCCAGGGAAGGAUUCCCAGCAAGCCCUUGCAGCUUGCCAGCCACUGUAACAGGCACACAGGGCCCAAGUGAUGAUUCAAACAUGGCCUUGUGCCCCUGGGAGCGUUGCCUUGUUUCUGCAGAUGCUCUCUGUCAUAAAUGGGACCUAGAUUUUCUUAGAAGCUACAUCACACUAUUGUCCCAUAGUGAGUUGUCAGGCAACUAAAACCCCAAAGUUACCUUCUACUUCCUUUUUUUUUUAACUUUUGAAAUUCUAGAAUAAAAUUUGCUUUGAUCCAAUUCAACAAAUAUUUUACAUGAAACCUCUUUCCAGUUUAAUGUUCAAACUUUAAUGUUCGAAGUAUAAUGGAAACCUUCACAUUCAACGCAUUGAUUUCAACUUUUUCAUCCUGAUAGUUAAUAUUCUGUCCAUUUUACCCAUGUAUUUUGUUCCUGGGAAGCUUGAUUUGACCUGUUAUAUCUGAAUCUGUUUUGAACCUGACUGACUUAAUAAAUAAUCUUAGGUUCUGAGGA